CAGCAAAGAUCCAGAACCACGUAGAUAGAAAGACAGAAGCAUUGACGAGAGCUAGUUAGGGCUCUCGCCUUUCAGUUGGCGAAUGUUCCCCUUUGCCUCCACAUAGUGUACCCUAGUGAAGUGCAGCACAAAAAACAGUAACUAUGGCAGCAAACCCCCUGGAAAUUCAACCAAACUUGAAAGCACAAGAGAUGGCUCUCUCUUUAGAACCACCGAAACCUUUGGGAGAAAUUAAAUCAGCCACAAGAGUAACUGGAGGACCAGCAACUCCUAGGAAAGGACCACCAAAGUUCAAACAAAGACAGACAAGACAGUUUAAGAGCAAGCCACCAAAGAAAGGAGUACAAGGGUUUGGUGAUGACAUUCCUGGAAUGGAAGGAUUAGGCACAGAUAUCACCGUCAUAUGCCCCUGGGAGGCCUUCAAUCAUCUGGAAUUACACGAACUAGCACAAUAUGGUAUCAUCUGAAGUCGCGACAGAACUCUGCAUUUUUACUGUGUUCCUCGGGAGAGUUUCCAACACCACCCCGUCCUCCCCUCUCUAUUUCACCAGUGGCUUCAAAAACAGAAAAAAGGCCAAGCCUCUUGCACAACUGCAAAGAAAAGCAUAGCAGUAAAAACAAACUCUCCUUUCCAGACUCAUGUUUCCUUUGUACUUCACUUAAAACAUGAGCAUGUUUCCUGAAAUGUAUCACUCAGAAUUCUUGUCUCUUGUUAUCAUCAAUGCCGAUCAUUCCUCAACUCACCUUCUUUCCAACAAUAUUAGUAAAAACUUUUUAAAUCCAUGGACAUAUUGGCAUGAACUAUUAUGCUUUUUUUUUAAAUGCACAUCUCUGUAAACAUCAUGAUGGCACAUAUGCAAAUCCAUUCUGAUCAUUGUGAUUCUAUAAGUAUUGAACUUUGUAGGAGAACUAUGUAUGUGUGUGAUUCUGUGAAUGUCCAAGGUGGAAUUCAGAAAUCCCCCAAAUCCCUUACUCAUACCUCCUUCUGAAUGAGAGACUGACCCAAAACAGCACUGCAUUACUGCUAGUAUCCAUGAGUCAAAUCAUGUUUUCUCUAUGACUUAUUGCAACGUUCAAGUUUUAAAUAGUUAAAUAUUUGAACUUUGUCCCCACCCUCUCCCCAAAAUGAACUACUCAGGGACUCUCAGAAAUUUAGGUUUGUUAAGAACUUGUAAGGAGAUUGCUGGUGAUUUGUGUAAUCUGUGGAUGAAUUAUUUUAUUAUUAAAUGAUUACCCUUACUUAAGUUACUCACAUUCAUUCACCUACCUGUUCUCAAUUAAUUCAUUUAUACCACUUGUUUUAUUCCAUCAUUACUCAUGAAAUUUUUCAUUUUAUGCUCAUUGAUUGAAAUUCAAAUGUUAUUUUUUGUAUCGAAUUUUUUAUACCUUGUCCCACAUUGUUCCAUUUUUAUAUCUUUGUCUAUUGCACUGUUUGGGUAUAGUUCACUCAAUUCAAAAUCCUUCUUGAUCACUGCUGUAAUAUGGCAGUUAAACCUUUUCCUCAUCUCUUUUGUUAAUUGUUGCUUCUUCUUUCCUGAAGUACACCGUUUCUUGUGCAAAUUUAUUGUUGCAAAGCUACUGUAAUCUAUGCAAAGAGAAAGUUCCAAUUUCCACUUUUCAACGUUUGCAUGUUUGACAUUAUUUGUUCAAUCGUUUAUCAUUCUCGUUAACUUUGUUGUUUUUUAACUGAGAUUUUCUGUUAUAUUACCAUUUCUAAUCUCAUCCUGCAUUGACUUGCAUUUUGGAUUUAAAUUUUGAAUGAACUUUUCUUUGCAAUUUUGAUAUCAAGUUUUUUUUGGUUUAUCAUUUUGAAAAUACUAAGACCAACACAUUUCAUCAUUUCUUCCUUCCCUUUGCUGCAUUUAUUUCUGAUCGAUUUAUCUCUAAUUCUGCAGUAACACCAAUAGAAGGAGGUAUGUUCAGGGAAGAUUGACAAUGCUGUGUGGGGAUCCUUAGCAAAAACCUUGAUGGGUUGUAGCAUAUUUAAAACGAGACAUUGUCAUCUGGAGACUGGAUUGUUCUCUCUACAACAUAAAUCCAAUAAAGCUUGAAAAAAAAAGGAA